UUUCAAUCAAUCAAUCAUUUGUGAUUCUUAAUUUCAGUGAUAUUCAAGUGAUUCAUAAUCAACCAAGUGAAGUUUUAUCCCAAAAAAAUGGCUAAAAAAAUGACCAAUGGUUCUGUGGAUAAUAAUAAUUUGUUGAUGACAAACGGUAAUAAUCAAUCAAAAUCAAAUGGAAUUAACAAUCAUAAUCAUAAUGAUAAAUCAAAUGGAUCAAUGAUAAUUGGUAAAACAUUUGGUCGUUAUCUUUAUGAAAGUUUUAAUCAUGGAAAUCUUGAUGAAUUAUUUCGUCCUGGACAACAAUCAAUUGAAAAUUAUAAUUUAACAUUAGCACAUCAACGUGCAAAUUGUGCAUUAGAUAUGUAUCUUGGUGAAAAUAAUGUACAAGGUGGUAUUGAACGUUUUGCCGAUAUUAUUGAUGAAGGUCCAAUGGAAUCAUUAUCAUGGGCUGCUUGUUUUGUAAUACGUGCCGGUCUUACACUUGAUAAAGAUGAUAUUGAAAGAGCACAUAAAUGUUUACAACAUACGGCCAAAAUGUGUCAAAAAAUGAUGAAACAUUCAUUUUUUGAUAAUAUUUCUAAAUGGAUUGUUGCACCAAAUUAUGAUAAAUAUACUGAUGUGGAAAUAUUUGCCGAAAGUUAUUAUGCACAACAAUUGGCAUUAUCGAUUGCAUUGUAUGCAUUUGAAACAAAUAGUGUUUUUACAUUGAUUAAAUUGGCCUAUCAUUUACGUGGUUUAGUACGUAAACAUAAUGAAUUAUGGCAGGUAAAAAAACGUCGUAAAUUAUGGCAAGAUGAACAUGCACGGUUAUAUUUUGAAGCACAUAUGCGUUUUGCUAACGGUAUGAUCAAUGUUGUCAUUAGCCAUACACCACCGAAAUUUUUGCGUAUUAUGAAUUUUCUUGGUUAUAAGGGUACUGAAACAAUCGGUUUAAAUGAAAUGAAUCGUGUUGCAUUUGAUUUGAAUGCCGGUUAUUGGACAAAAAUGGCACAAUUAACACUUAUUUAUUAUUGGGUUUAUGGUAAACCACAUGGUGAAAAUGUACCCGAUGAUUUAUCAUUAUGUAAAAAAUUAAUUGAAGCUGAAUUACAAAUGUUUCCACAG